GGAAUUGCUGAGAUCCUGAUUGGGCCUUUUCCAUACCCCGCCCACUGGCUGGUGGUAUGUUCUACAAUUCUCUAUGUUACAGAGAUUGUCCUGUUCUUCACGUUCUUGGCUCUGUUGAUAGCGGAAUGGGUCAUGUACCCACAUGUGGCUGUUCGACGCAUUAUGAGCAAUCCGGAAGAGAUGGGAACUUAUGCUAUUCCUCCAAUCGCCCUCAUGGUCAUGGCUUCUCUCACCAUCACACAGGUCAGCAACGGUCCGUGGGGAGGCCACGCUUUUACCCUGGUGGGAUAUGUCGUGUGGUGGAUAGGUCUUGCUUGGAUCUUUGUGACUGGAGUCGUGGUUCUGGCUAUCUUGUUCUAUACUGGAAACCAAUCCAACAGAACUGUGACCCUGGUUCUGUUCAUGGCACCCAUGGGACUCGCCACAGCUGCUACGGAGGCCGGAAACAUCACCAUCUUUGGGUUCGGAAUGUCUGCGAGACUUGCUGUGCCUCAGAUUUUUGUCGGGUACUUUGCUGCUGGUUCGGCCUUNUUUAUGGCCAUUCUUCUUUACACCGUGUUUUUCCACCACUUGCUGUCGGUUGGAUGGGGUCCCUAUGCUAAACGAGCUGGACUUUUCAUCUUGUUGUCGACAGCAUUCCAAUUGCUCGGCGAAUCCGCGUCUGACUUCCGGCGAUUUGCAGAGUACAAACCCGCAUCAGUCCAUCCUCCAGUCGGCAGUACAUUCUGGACAGAAGCUAGCGCGCGAGGCAUCGACGACGCUGGCAUUCUCUUUGCCCUGCUUAUACUCGGCUUCGGUUACCUUUGGCUCUGUGUUGCUGUCAUCGGAGUCGUCGAUGUUGCAAUUAGAAAACAAGGCACAUAUUCUCUGGUAUGGUGGUCAACAGUCUUCCCUCUGGUGACUUUCACAACUGCUUGGCUGGAACUGGCUUUCUCUAUGGAUUCACCAACAUUCAGAGCGUUGGUUUGUGCCCUGACGGUGAUUUUGGUCGUCUCAUUUUUCACUAACCUGGCCUUUACUUUACGGGGUAUUUUCNNCAAUGGAUCGUUGAUCUUUGGCAAGUCUCAAUUAGAGGUUGAAGAAGGCCUGGUCAAGAAGGCCCAAGACGAGAUGAAGACCCGAACAGCUGAGGUG